GAUCCGCCCCCCUUUCCCAGUCUCUCUCCAAUCUGGGCAGCCUUCUCUUGCUGGCCGGCUGGGUCCUAGGGCUCGGGGUCAGAGGCCACGCUUGCCCUGGACCGCCCACAGCCCCGGCACUGUCUGGUACCGGGGAGGGAUUGCCCAUCUUCCCUGCCCCGCGGACUCCUUCCCGCUUCCCGCUCAAGACGCUGGAGCCACCCAGGCCACUCCGCUGGGGCCUCGUCCCUCUGGACUGAUUGGGACUGAUCCAGGCGGUGAUCCAGCUGCCAGCGAAACGGCUGCCGAAGAUCUCCAAGCGCCGUCCCGGGCAGAUGUCCCAGGUGAACGGCUCGCUCUCCCAACACCACGAUGCGCCCCAUGGAGACCCCAGGCUGGGUCGGUCCCCCAGUCCGGUCCUGGACUCAGCCUCAGCUCCACCUCUCCUGCCCGAACUGGAGGUAGCACCAUCCACUAGCUUUUCAGAGGCAGCACUGGAAGAGGGCCUCCUAAAGGAAGACGCUCCCCCUAUGCCCCAGGGUAAUGGACCUGGGCCCCCCAAGGCCCUGGAAAGCACCGAACCUGCCAUCCCUCCAGAAGCUGUGACAUGCCAGCCUCAGGGGCUUCCCUCCCCAAGGGGACUUCCUGGGCCCUCCAGCUUUACCCCGCUAUUGCCCAAUGGUGCUGGCCAUUCCCUGGAAGCGGCUGGCCCCAAGAGGUCAGGGAACGGCACACUGGGUGGCCCCAAAGCCCACCGGAAGCUGCAGCCACACUCAUCAUUCGCCAGCCAGGGCAGCAAGAAAAGCAAAGGGAGCACAAAAUCAUCGGCUUCCCAGAUCCCCAUUGAGGCUCAGGAAGAUUGCUGUGUACAUUGCAUCCUCUCCUGCCUGUUUUGCGAGUUCUUAACGCUGUGCAACAUUGUCUUGGACUGUGCCACGUGCGGCUCAUGCUCCGAGGACUCCUGCAUCUGCUGCUGCUGCUGCGGAGGGUCGGGGGAAUGUGCUGACUGCGACCUGCCCUGUGACAUGGACUGUGGGAUCAUUGACGCCUGCUGCGAGUCGGCCGACUGCCUGGAGAUCUGCAUGGAAUGUUGUGGGCUUUGCUUCUCCUCUUAGCCCCUAGCCCCAGGAGAGGUGCUGGGGGAGAGGGGAGCCUGGAGGGAGGGCUGGCUCCCAGCUCAAGCUGCCACCCCCCCUCACUCCCCACUCCAAAUCAAACUGCCUCCUUGCCAAGCAUUCGAUUGGGGCUGACUUGAGCUACAGAUUGGCAUGGUGAGAAGAGACAGCUCUAGUUAAGAGCCAGUGGAGGAAAGAGAUACAGGGGGGCACCAUAGCUGUCCCCUUUCCCCCACCCCUUCCUCCUCAACCCCCAGCACCCUGGACUAAGCAAGGAGCCCUGAUAUGGGAGCAUCCCACGUGGUGACAGACUUAGAGACCCAGAGGUCCCAGAUAAUUAGUGAAUCAAUCAAUAAGUAUUUAUUAGUCUAAGGUCUUAGGGGCCUGUCCUCUGCCCCUGCACCAGCAUAACUGAGGAGAAAUUCUAGAAAGGACCGUACGCUGGAGGUAGGCCAAGACCUGGCUUCCUGUGUUGGAAUCCUCAGGACCAGGCUUCAGUACACUGUGAAAGUCAAGGGAGAGGAGCCUUGGGGAGGAAGGGACCCUGCCAGCCAACAAUAUUCUUGGGUUGAGGAACUGGGGGUUAGGUGGGGCUCCCUAGAAUGUGAGCUGGAUGGACCUGGAUUGAAGAUGGUAGAGAAGAAAGAAGGGACAGAAAGGAGUCCUGAAUUUCUCUACCUUUCACCACCCCUAGCCCCUCUCUGACUCUGUCCUAGCCUCUGGGGCAGCUAAAUGUGAAGAAAAAAAGAGACACUUCAAUUGGGGUUCUCAUGCCCAUCCCCUCUUCCCCUGUUUUCUCUUUCCCUUCUCCUGGGCUUUCCUAGGAUGUGAACCUGAAUAAUGACCUAGGAGAGUAAGGCAAAGCCUAGAGAUUGGGUGUGUGUAGAGAGAAUACAGUGGAAAGGGUGGGGUGAGGAACCACGUGGAAGAGACUGGAAUGGGUGGUGGGAGGGAAAUGGUGGGGA